CGCUUAGUACUAUUUAGUCGCUUAACCUUAAAUUUACGCAAUUUCAAAAUAAGAAUAUUAAGAAUAUGCUGAACCCAGUAAUACGACCCCGUCGUGCCCAGAAGUUGCUCAAAUACUCCAAAUACUUAUCAUCCAAACCAGCCGAGGAUAGUGUGGAGAAAAAUGAAAAUUUACCAAGUGUCUCAACCCCAAAAGACGUAGCGAAAAAAAAAUAUGAUCAAAAAGAUAUUACUGCAAAAGAUAUGCAAUGGAGGACGCCCUGGCAUGAGCAACAAGGAUUUCAUUACAGUUGGUUGAGAAAUUUUUACACUAGUGAUAACCAACGAUCACUCCUACAAGCAUUACAGACUGAAAUUGACUUGUCACCUUCUGCCAUUAAGAAAUGGUGGGCUGAGAAAAAGGAGUUCAAGGAAAUAUUUAUGCAGCAGUAUGUGCCUGAAAGGAAUCAAAAACUUGGAAACGAAUUGGCUGCUGCUCAUUUUCUAGUCCACAGGGGAGGUGCAAUUAAAUUUCACAAUGAGGACAAAUGGAUUAAAUUUGAGAAAUAUAAGUACAAUUCGCUUCCUAUUCAUUACGAUUCCACAAAAGUGCUACAAGCAAUUGAUUGUUCUGAAAUGAAUAUUUAUUAUGAAGGUUUAGUCAAUUUGAGAGGUUUAAAAAAUGUGGAGUGGUUAAGUUUCAAUGGCUGUGAACAUAUUGAUGAUUGGUGUUUAGACAGGAUAAGCAAUAUAUUUAGUCAUAGUUUAAUUUAUUUAGAUUUAAGGGACUGCCCUAAUAUUACUGAAAGAGGUAUUGGUGCAUUGUACAAAAUGAAAAAAUUGAAACUUUUAUAUUUGGAUGAUUUACUUAAGGACACUAGGUUUGAAAUGACUUGCUUGCUAUUGCAAGAGGUCAAUCCUAGUUUAGAUAUAAGAAGUGAAGAGUAUUAAAUUAUUAACACUGUAUGUUAAAUAAAUUUGUUGAUUUACACAA